UGGAUUUCCACACAGUUGUGUUUCCUUGUCGGAUAAUUAUCAGUACUUGCUGGUGGCAAGCUAGGGGCUGUCCGUUAGUUGCCCUCAUUCAUUGAUGGUUCUUUUCUUUAGGUAAAAUAUUGUAUGACUGUCACCAGGUCGUUGGAUACACUAGUAGUAGUACUUCUCACAAACUUACAACAAACACCUGUCAUACUAGUCUAGGGACUGCCGGAGUUGCUGUAGUCCAGAAAUCCUUCUUCGGCUGGUACUUUCUGAAUGACUUGAUUUCUUGUACCGCACGAUGUCGGAUGCCGAGCAGGUGUGGGCUGUCCGUGGACAGGAUCUCAAGCUUGGGUAUGGUCAUGGAGCGAGCCACGUGGCAGUCCUGAAGCGCUUGUCCCUCUCCGUGCCAGCUGGCAGCAUCUAUGCAUUGCUGGGGCCAAGCGGCUGCGGCAAGACGACACUGCUGCGCUGCAUACUGGGCAGGCUGAAAGCCGAGGGUAGCCUGGCCGUUCUGGGCAGGACGCCACGUUCGCCAGGGCACCAGGUACCCGGUGUCUUGGUUGGCUACAUGCCCCAGGAGGUGGCACUGGCCCCGAAUUUUAGCAUCUUUGAAACCCUGCAGUACUUUGGCAUGCUGCACGGCAUGUCCAGUCUGCAAGUGAAACAACGCACCGAGUUUUUGCUACGCCUUCUGGACCUUCCUCCGCAGAACAAGCUGAUAAGCCAGCUCAGUGGUGGUCAACAGCGUCGCGUGUCGUUUGCCGUGGCUUUGCUACAACGUCCACCUCUGGUGAUCCUAGAUGAGCCGACAGUCGGUGUUGACCCAGUAUUGCGGGCAAGAAUCUGGCAACAUUUGCGCGAGCUGGUUGCCGAUGGGCAGACUACGGUUAUCAUCACGACUCAUUACAUUGAAGAGGCCAGACAAGCGGACAUGGUGGCGAUGAUGAGAGCUGGCCGGCUGCUAGCCGAAGACCCACCAGAUCAUCUACUGCAGUUUUAUAAUCUGGAAACCUUGGAGGCCGUAUUCCUUCGCCUGAGUGAACGCAGUGAUAGCUGCCUGGAAGAGGACUAUCUAAAUGCAGACCGUCGUAAUAUACAAGAUGGUGCUGAGUCUUCCUCCGAUCUGGAUGGACCCGACUCCUGUACAUCCUCCGUGACUAGACAAGCAUCGUAUCAGCACCUUGGGAAUAAGCAGUCUUUAAUUCGCGGCUUUAGCUGCAUGAACAUACUAGCCAUGGUCUGGAAGAAUGCCACUAUUCGCAAGCGUAUGCCACUAUUUCUCCUCUUUGAGCUUCUCCUACCUACGCUGGAGAUCAGUCUGUUUUGUUUGGCGAUUGGCCGUGCACCCACCGGACUUUCUCUUGGAGUCGUUAACGAAGACGCAGGCUUCUUCGGUGUCACAUUGUCCCAAACUUAUGUCGACUGCUUAGCUGCUCAGAAGCAUGUCCUCUUGCAACAGGAUGCUAAUCUUUCAAUCAGUGAUGCUCUACAGGAAGUAAAGAAAGGACGAAGUUGGGGGUAUCUGCACUUUGAUGAAGACUUUUCUUCCGCUUUUGUGGAAAGGACACAGUCUCCGUACACCGUGGACAACGACACAAUCAGCAACUCCAGCAUCCACGUUCGCCUGGACAUGUCCAAUCAGCAAAUUGCCCUGGUAAUUGAAGAAGACAUUACUGCAGCAUUUCAGUGCUUUGAGAAGACGCUGCUAGUCAAGUAUGCGUCGCUGCUGCAUCCAGGCAAGGCCAUCAACCCGAACUCCGUGUCGUCUCCCAUUGAGGUAGGACCUCCCGUGUACGGAGCACUUCAGCCGCGCUUUACGGACUUUGUGGCACCCGGCAUCAUUGUUGCCAUGACAUUUGUCAUGUCCAUCGGUCUUACAGCGCUCUCCGUGAUUAUUGAGCGCAAGCAAGGCUUGCUGGACAGGACCAGAGCAGCAGGUGUAACAGACAUAGAGCUAUUAGCUGCGCUGACCCUGACGCAACUGGCCAUACUGAUUGGGCAGAUGGUGCUGAUGAUAGUAGUGGCUGUGGAAGGGUUCAAGGUGCGAAAUGAUGGCCCACUAGCAUUGCUAUUCCUCAUUGUCAUUCUGCAAGGACUAACUGGCAUGGCGUACGGUCUCCUGCUCUCCGCUGUCUGCUCGGACGAGACCUCUGCCGUCGUCGUGGCAAUGGGCUCUGUCUUUCCAACACUCCUGCUCAGUGGCAUUCUCUGGCCUCUGCAAGGUAUGUCGACAUGGCUUCGCUACAUCAGCUACUGCAUGCCGAAUACAUUUGCCGCAACGGCAGUGCGUGACAUCAUGGGAAGAGGGUGGUCUCUAGGUCAUCUUGACGUUGGACUGGGUCUUGCCAUCACGUGUGCUUGGCUGAUUUCCUUUUUCUUCAUCUCACUGGUGUCACUGAGGAGGCAAACUCAUUGAUAGCAGGCAGCUGGUACCCGGAUGUGCCAAUCCCUUGAUUUUAUUUAUAUACAUACAUGUAUUUUCAAUCAUGCAGUACCUGGUGCUGGUCAUCAGGUUGUGUCAAGCCCUUACUUACUCAAUGCUACAAAUCUCAGAGCUGUCCAUUGAGCAGCAGCUGUUGCUUGGUUUUAGUAUUACUAUUAUUAUUUUAGUAUUGACUCGGAUAUUUUUUUAAUAUAUUAUUAGUAUCUAUUCUAUAUUAUUUAGUAGAAUGAAUUUAGAGACUGCGCUGUAGAUUAUUGUUUCUCACUAAUGACAGUCAAUUCUUCUUCAGACUUUUAUCUCCCUUUUCAAUCCCUGAAACUACUGAAUCUUUCUGUUUCCUUGUAUUAAUUUUCUAUUCCAUCCCUACCCCUGCGGUGAUCUAUCGUGCAACGCUUUAUUUUGAUAUCGCUACUUUGCAACUAUCGGCAAGUAUUCUCAGCUUACAAACUUAUGUCAGUUUUUUGCUCGAAAGUAUUAUAUUACUAUCCGUACUGAAAUAUUAAUACUUAGUAUAAACAAGUUUGAAGAAGGGCUGAGGCUUCCUGCA